AACAGGACCAUUAUCCAAACUAAAAAGCAAAAUGAAAAGGAGAAAGAAAUGAAGCCACAAAAGCAAAUUUAGAAUAAAAAGGAAUCGAUAAUCGAGUUUACCUCUCUAUCACUCCCUCUCUUCCUUCACUUCAUUUUCUCGCAUCCGAUUCUAUCCACCGCUUCUCACAAACUUAACGUUGUCGGUUCUUUCUUCUUUAUAUUCUGAUUCAUGAUCGAAUUUUCGGAUUUCGUUGGGGUUAAUCGUGGAAAUAAACGGAAUAAAUGAUGGUUCCAUGGAGCGGAAUUGGUUGCUGCUUAAGCGGCGCUGCUCUUUAUUUGCUUGGCAGAAGCAGCGGCAGAGAUGCCGAAGGUCUUAAAUCAGUUUCAAGGGUUAAUCAGCUCAACGAAUUAGCUAAUUUACUUGAUAUUGAGAGUAAAGUGUUGCCGUUAGUUGUUGCUGUCUGCGGAAGAGUCGGUUCCGAGACUCCCAUUAAUUGCGAAUACAGCGGCCUGAGAGGUGUUAUAGUAGAGGAGACGGCCGAGCAGCAUUUCCUUAAGCACAAUGAUGCUGGAUCUUGGAUUCAAGACUCCGCGUUAAUGCUAUCUAUGAGUAAAGAGGUCCCGUGGUAUCUGGAUGAUGGGACUGAGAGAGUGUUUGUUCUUGGCGCUCGAGGUGCCUCAGGCUUUGCGUUAACUGUUGGCAGUGAAGUUUUUGAAGAGUCUGGUCGAUCUCUUGUGCGUGGUACAUUAGACUAUCUUCAGGGCCUCAAGAUGCUUGGUGUCAAGCGGAUUGAAAGGGUACUUCCUGUUGGUACUUCAUUGACUGUGGUUGGCGAGGCGGUCAAAGAUGAUAUUGGAACAGUUCGAAUCCAGCGUCCCUAUAAAGGGCCAUUUUACGUUUCUCCAAAAACUAUUGAUGAGCUCAUUGGAAAUUUGGGAAAGUGGGCAAGGUGGUACAAAUACGCCUCAGCAGGCUUGAGCAUUUUUGGAGUUUUUCUGAUUGCCAAGCACGCUAUACAGUAUAUCAUUGAGAGGAGGCGUCGCUGGGAAUUUCAUAGCAGGGUUCUUGCUGCUGCGGCUAAGAAACAAGAUGAAGAAUCUGAAGGUUCAAGUGGAAAAGCUGAAAAUGGAUCAGACAGUUCUAAGAGGGAACGUCCAAUUCCAGAUUUAUGUGUCAUAUGCCUUGAGCAUGAGUAUAAUGCUGUUUUUAUCCCGUGUGGCCAUAUGUGCUGCUGUACCACAUGCUCUUCACAUCUGUCAAAUUGUCCUCUUUGCCGGAGGCGGAUAGAGCAGGUAGUAAAGACUUUUCGACACUGAAGAUUUGCUUUCAAGAUUUUUAACAAGCAUACGGGUUGUUAUAAAUGCUUGCCACGGUGAGCUGAUUUUUUUGUGCAUAUAAGUUUAUGGUGUAAUUUUCCCUCCAUGAUAGCAAUAACUAACUAAUGUAGAGUAUAGACAUCUCUAGAUUCCUUCUUAUCAGUAUCCUGCUGUCACUGCCAGUUUGUGCUGAGAUUUCUCUGCUUUGAAAGAUUACAACCUGGUCAUAUUGUUAAAAUUUAUUUCAGUUUCAUUCAUUAAAAUUGUAGAUGACUUGAAGUUACAGACUCUCUUGUACUCUACUGUUAUUAUUAUUUUUUAAUUUAUAAAUGUACAAUGUAUCAUGUAGUCGCAA